CCCCCUUUCUGGUCACAUAACCUCUCUCCCUUGCCUGUGCUCACACUGUGAUGCUCUCAAGCUUUCACCUCAAACUAAUCCUGGUGCCAUGUUUUGGAGCCUUCAGAAUUGUGUGCCUCGCACAGGAAAUCUAUUGCUGUGUCAAGUUCCAGAGAAGAGUUUCUCCUCUUCCAAGUUACUAAUCAGGCUAAAACAUGUCCGCCUGAAGAAAGGGACUAGGAGGAAAGGAGUGCCUGCUGCUGAUGGGCUAAGAGGAGGGAGCACCCACAAGUCCAUCGGAGAGCAGAGGGAGUCUGUCAUGCUCACCACUGCUUCUCUACCUGUGAGGAGUAAAAGCACCGAGUGAGGGACAGAAAAGCAGAAAACAGAAAUGUUCUGCCCUUGGAGAACUUCUGACCUAGCACUGUUCCUCGUACGGAUGGUCUUCUUUGUGGCCGAUUCAAGUUGUUCAUGUGUAGAAGAGACUCAAAGGACAUCAAAUUAUUCAAGAUCUCUUACAGAAGUUAACACUACAGAGGCAGUACUGAUGGGUACACAGGCUCUACUCUGCUGCCCUCCUAUCCCAACCAGAGAAGCAGUAUUAGUAACAUGGAAAUUAAAUACCAGAGGACAGCCUUCCUGCAGCAUAGCCUACAGUGUAGGCACAAAGGAGACCAAUAAAACCAACUGCACUGACGGGAGAAUAACCUGGGUCUUCACCCCUGACAAGAGUCCUCACCUUCUGAUCAGUGCCGUGGCCAUCACUCAUGAUGGGCGUUACAUGUGUGAAACAGCAUCACCUGAUGGGAAUUUCCGUAGAGACUAUGAUCUCCAAGUGUUAGUCCCCCCUGCAGUGACUCUGAUUUCAGAGAAUGGAACUACAGUUUGUGAGGCGGCUGCAGGCAAGCCAGCUGCACAGAUCUAUUGGACUCCAGAGGGGAACUGUGUCACUGAGAAUGAAAGACACAGCAAUGACACAGUGACUGUCAGGAGCACAUGCCACUGGGACCAGAACAAUGUAUCUCUUCUGACCUGCUCUGUCUCUCAUUUGACUGGCAACAAGACUCUGCCCCCAGGUUUCAACCAAGGUACUGAAAAUUUAAGAUUAUAUAUUCUAUACAGCAUCUCACCUGUUGUUAUUUUGAUCAUCAUAGGAUCCAUUUGUUUUUUCAAAAUCCGUGGCUUCAGAAAAUGUAAAUUGGGAAAAACAGAAGCUACUUCAGUUGUUGAUGAGGAUGAAAUGCAGCCUUAUGCUAGCUACACAGAAAAGAACAACCCACUCUAUGAUACCGUGAGCAAGGUGGAGGCACUUCAGAUGUUACGGGGCGAGGUUGACAGCACAGGCCUGCAUACUUUAUCAGCCACUGGAAUCUAGCACCAGGAAAAAUGAAUGAAGAGACAUUGCAAUUACUGUUUUGCUUUUCUUACAAUUCUAGAAUGGAAGGAUUACUUUGAAAUUAGAUUUUCAAAGGUUCUUAGAAAACAAAGGCAUUCUGGUGGAUUUGCUUUUAUAUCCUUCUACAGUUGGAAGUUUAGAGUUCUGCUGCUACCCGUUAGUUCUUUGAAGAACUGAUGUAAUUAUUACAAAGAAAGCACAUGGUUAGGAUGAAAUAUUCAAAUUGUGCAAUACAAUGAAUAAUGAAGACCACAUUUCCUCAAGAAAUAACUUUGCAGAAGGAACAAUCAUUAACAGUUUCUUAUGUAUUUUUCCAAAAGAUUUCUAUGUGGAUAUGACAUGCCUAAUAUGCCUGUGGUAUGUGUAUACAUUUAUAUGUCUGUUUACAUAUAUGUGUACACACAUAUUGUUAAGACAUAAAUGGGAACAUAUGGUAAUGCUGGACUUAUAAUGUGAGUCCUGGAGAUUUUUUCAUAUCAGUAUAAGCAAAGCUACCUCAUUCUUUUUAAUGGCUAUAUAAAAUUCCAUUGUAUAAUUAUGUCAUAAUUUAAUUAACUAUGGCCCUCAUGAUGUACAUUUAGAUUUUUUUGUGUGUGUCUUAUAAACAAUACCAUGUAGAAUGCUUCUCCUGACUACUCUCUACAUUAUUUGAAUGUAUCUGUGAAAUAAUUUCUUGAAUUGUCAUGUUAAUUGGUAUGCAUUUUCAUUAUUGAUCAAUCAGUCAAAUUGUGUCAAUUUUCAUUCCCUCCAGCUAGCUGUGUUUGAAUGUGCCUUUGUGUGUAUACUUAUUUUUAUAUUUUCAAAAUUCUUGCUUCUUCAGUUCAUACUUUCUGUUUUUAAUUGACCAGUUGAGUAAUAUGAUUUAAGAUUACAAUAUGAGUUGUAUUUUUUAAUCAAACUGGAUUUGUAUUAUGUCAUGUCUGGGAGAGAGAGAAUGCCAAUGUAAAGAUAUUAGACUCUUCUGAACUCUCUGUACUUUUGUAGAAGUGUUGCUACCUAGUGCAUAAUAGUUUUGCAGAUGCUAUGAACUGUGUACUUUUACCAUUUUGUUCUGGUGUAUUUAUCAAAUAGAAAGUGUCUAUGAAAUGUAUAUGCAAAUCGGGACACUUGGAGUAUUUACACAUUAAGCCAUUCUUUUAAAUGGCUGUGGGAUGAUACAACUUUUACUUCCAUUUUAUCUUUGGAGUAAAAUAUUGGGGAUAUGUAUAUCAAUGAUUUUUGAUAUCAUAAAAUAUUUUUAAUUAUGAAAGACAAGCAUGUUCCCUUUAUAGCAAGAAAAGCA